AUGUGGUGGUUGUUAAAACUCUAUAGAUCAAGAACCACCCAUUUCUCUCUCUCUAAAUCUCUUUCUCUUUACAGAAACCCUAGCCGACUCAGUCCCAUUCUCUCUGCUCUUCGCAACUCCUCUCAAUCCAAUUCUCACACCUCAGGCUCCGAUCACAAAUUCUCGUCGGCUUUGGAUUCUUUGUUCGUUCUCUGCACUUCCGUUGCUUUGUCUUUUGCUCUCUUCGUUGCCGAUGUCGAUUCGGCUUCGGCUUUCGUAGUCAACACGCCGAGGAAAUUGCAGUCCGAUGAGCUCGCUACGGUUCGUCUUUUCCAAGAGAACACGCCUUCCGUUGUCUAUAUCACCAAUCUUGCUGUCCGGCAGGAUGCUUUUACAUUGGAUGUGCUGGAAGUGCCUCAAGGGUCUGGAUCAGGCUUUGUCUGGGACAAACAGGGUCAUAUUGUCACAAAUUAUCAUGUGAUUCGCGGUGCAUCUGAUCUGAAUGUCACUCUUGCUGACCAGUCAACUUAUGAUGCAAAAGUUGUUGGAUUUGACCAAGACAAAGAUGUCGCUGUAUUGCGUGUUGAUGCACCCAAAGACAAAUUGAGGCCUAUACCUGUUGGUGCAUCAGCUGACUUGCUUGUUGGCCAAAAAGUAUAUGCCAUUGGAAACCCUUUUGGACUUGACCAUACACUUACAACUGGUGUCAUCAGUGGGCUUAGAAGAGAAAUCAGUUCUGCUGCUACUGGGCGUCCAAUCCAGGAUGUUAUCCAGACAGAUGCUGCCAUCAACCCUGGAAAUAGUGGUGGCCCACUUCUUGAUAGUUCAGGAAGUCUUAUUGGGGUAAAUACAGCUAUAUACUCUCCUUCCGGCGCAUCCUCUGGCGUUGGUUUCUCAAUACCAGUUGACACGGUAGGUGGCAUCGUUGACCAAUUGGUGAAGUUUGGGAAAGUUACAAGACCGAUAUUAGGAAUCAAGUUUGCUCCUGAUCAGUCUGUUGAGCAAAUAGGAGUUAGUGGGGUGCUUGUCUUAGAUGCUCCUGCAAAUGGUCCAGCUGGCAAAGCAGGUCUGCAACCAACUAAACGAGAUUCUUACGGCAGACUUAUAUUGGGUGAUAUUAUAACAUCUGUAAAUGGAAAAAAGGUCUCUAAUGGGAGUGACUUGUACAGAAUUCUUGACCAAUGUAAAGUGGGCGAUAAGGUGACUGUGGAAGUGCUGCGAGGUGAUCACAAAGAGAAGAUCCCUGUAUUACUGGAGCCCAAGGCUGAUGAAUCGUAAUUGGCUCAAAUGCGACGAGCAUGUAAAAUCCAAGUAUGAUACAAAUACAACCCCGCCGAAAAAAUGCAUGUUUGUGUAUUAAUUGUUUCACCACAUAGGUGUUGUACAUAUUCCAGCUAUUGUACGAUGUUGAUAUAAAAAGCUAGUACACUGAUGAGUUAACGCUGUACGGCUGUGUUUCAACUGUAUGAGCUGAAUUUUUAUCCUGCAUCAUUGGGCAGUGGUUUGCAUUUCAA